AUGGUUCUCACCGCCUGGUUUGGCGGGCUGAGGAGGGGACCCCCAACCGCGAUCCCCGUGGGGGGGUGUUUUCCCUGUCCCACGGAGGCCGCGCCUCCCUCGCCGGACCUGGAAGAGAAAAGAGCAGAGCCUGCAGAGGAUGCAGAGAGGAGACAGAAGGAGGCUGCAUCUCGGAGUAUUCUGAAUGUUCAGUUUGUGGAAGAAAAGAGAAAGAAAAAGGGAAAAAUAGACAAAGAAAUGGCUACAUCUGAACCCCCACCAGAAAGUGGACUUAGACGGACAGUUUUAUAA